GGUUCGAACGGGACGGACGCGUCGUAACGCUCCGCACUCGCGGAUUCCCGCCAAUUUCGUUACCAUGGCUAACAUCAAUACCAGGCGGUCCGCUGUAACACAAAGAACCCAAAACAUUCUUAAUAUGGUCAUACAGAAGGAUUCAAAAGAAAAGGUCGUUGACCCCGGUGAUUCCAAUUAUUUUGUCAAUAUCUAUACUAGGCCUUAUUCUAUGAUUUCCAGCGUUUUUGACACAUUUUGUGACACGCAAAUAUCAAAUAACUCGCACUACUUGCCUGAUUUAAUUAAAUUCCAAAGUUUGAAUGAAUCAUUUGUCACAAAAAAAAGUGUCAAUACGGAAUUAGAAACCAAUUCAAUCGACCUGACUUGCAAGGAAGUUAUGCCUAUUGAAGAAUCACCAGAAUCCACAAAUUUCGAUAGUUACAACAAAAGUAAUUAUCUAACAAACUACCCCAUACAAGAUACCACAAUAUGCGAUUACGAUUCAGAUGACUCAGUCCGCGACAAAGACUACAACCCAUCUGAGUGUGACAUCACGUCAAGUGACGACUCUGUUGGUGAAAUCAAACAAAAGAAGUUACGAAAGACACAAAAAAAUAAUACUAAUUUGGCUCCAGGAAGUUCUCCUCCAACUUAUAAAACAUUACCUGAAAUUGCAAAUAAAAAAAUCUUACGUAAAUUGCGAAGGAGUUCAUUUGAUAUUAGGCAAACUGUGCCUCCUAGGAAAGUUGCAAGUUGCAAACGAAGGAGCACAAUUGAUGUUGGAGUUUUUCAAAUAUUAACCACGGAUGAUACAUCACACAACUUGGAACAAGAACCAUCUUUGCAAAGAAAACGUAAAAAAUAUAAUACAUCUGCACUUCAAAGAAAAAUAGAUGCACAAAACAAAAAAUGUUUAGAACACUUGGUCCAACCGGGAUGUAAUGAAAAAUGUUUAAAAAAAUGUAACACUCAAGUAUCACAAGAAGAUCGAGAACUAAUCAACCGCAACUACUGGACAAUGAAUUUCGUAGAUCAACAUAAGUUUGUGAACACGCAUACUGCAGUAGCGCGACCUAAAAGAAAAAUCACAACGGAACCAAAGAGGAAGCCAAGAAGGACAUUCUUUUUAAAAAAAAUUGAUGGCACGAAGGUAGAAGUCUGUAAAAUAUUUUUCUUGACCACUUUAGGCUACGUUAAAACAAAUGACCGGAUACUUCAAGAUAAACGAAUAGACACCACGUGCGAUAAAAGGGGAAAACAUAAAAAAACUCCGUCAUUUAAUAGAGAUAUGUUAAAACAACAUGUAGAAUCAUUUAAUCCGAUGGAACCUCACUACAGGCGAGAACAUGCUCCAUUGCGACGCUACCUGCCAAGCGAUUUAAAUGUUGUUCACAUGCAUAAAGAUUUCCUUCAAAAACAUCCCGAUCACAAAAUCAGCUACGAAUUAUAUAGAAAUAAUUUAAAAGCUAUGAAUAUAUCUUUUGCUCGCCUCGGCAAUGAAGAAUGUGAAGUGUGCGAGGCUUACGACUUACAUAAAAAAGGAACUUCUCACGAUCAAACUGAUGGUUGCGCUGUGUGUAUGGACUGGAUUAAGCAUCACGAGAAAUACUUAAAAGCGAGGCAGCUCUACGAAAAUCACAAAAAAAUGCCACAAGAUCACACUGCGAUUUAUUUCAGCGCUGAUUUAGAGAAAGUGAUCAUGUUACCAAGAUUGGAGUCUUUCAAAUCUGCUAUAUUUUGUCAGCGUCUUGUAGCUUAUAAUCAUACCUUCGCACCUCUGGGUAAAAUAACAUCCGAAUCUAAGCCGCUAACAGUCUUAUGGCAUGAUGCUCAAGCGGGACGGAGGCAAGAAGAUAUCAUGACAGGAUUUUAUUAUUUUCUUCUUCGAAACCGAGAUAUAACAAACAUACAUAUCUGGCUGGACAACUGCACCGCACAGAAUAAAAAUUGGUUACUAUAUUCAAUGCUAGUGCACUUGGUAAACGGUAGUGACAUUAGUGCAGAACAAAUUGUUCUGCACUAUUUAGAGCCUGGUCAUACGUUUAUGAGCGCCGACCAAGUGCAUCGCCAAGUAGAACUCGCCAUGAAAAAGAAAGGGAAACUCUACGACUUUACCGAUUUUGAAGAAGCAGUAUCAUCUAUAAAUAAUGGAAAAGUUAUUGUGAAAUCUUUGGUCGCUGAUAACUUUUUAAAUGUACCAAAUUAUGUAUCAGAUAGAAGAAUACAGAAUUCUAAUCCGAGAGCAUAUUUGAAAAACAUGACACAGGUGUGUUUUAGUCGGAAUAAUUAUGAUCUCAUGUACAAAAACGAUUUUGAAGACGAAUACACACUACUGAGAUUCAUGAACGACAAAUAUAUAAAAAAUCCAAAACUGUUCAAGUUAGAAUUUCGUACUAAACCAAAAGGUAUAGAUGUAGAGAGAAAAGCUGGCAUUCUAGAAAAAUUAUCCAACAUAAUACCACCACAUAAAUUGGUAUUUUGGAACAAUUUGCCAACGACUCAAUCUAAUGUUGAGGUAAGCACAAGUGGUGCUAAGAAUUAUAAAAAAAGUCAACACAAAAGUACUGAGUAA